AUGGUAUCGACGUCUGCAGUUGUGCAACCAGCUACAAAGCUAACGAACAGAAUGACAAAUACUCUUAAAUAUGCGUGGUGGUGUCCCGACUUACUCGUGGACAGUGACCAGAUGCGCGCUGUGGCGUCCAGUGAGACGGAACUUUUGAAUGCCGCCGUGUUGUGUGUGGCACUGUCCGCGACUGAAUUGGAGCCCAAUGAAGCUGACAAACAGGCAGACGACCGUGCAAUUCGUGAGCUAGAAAUGCAUGUGCGGAAAUCACCGUUGCCGCAUACUCUCCAGCUGCCCAUAAUCAAGUUUACACGCGACUACGUCCUCAUGCAAUCCGAUCUGACUUUGUUUUGUGUCGUGCGAGCCACCAAGCCAACCGAUAUCUUUCAAACAAUUGUAGGAUCAGCGGUGCCGUUAUCACGACCCUGUGUUUACCGGUAUGGGGGUGCUAGGAUCCACACGCCAUUCUGGAAACGAACGCAGCGACUCGACUUGCAUGGGAUUCACCAUCUGGCCCGACAAGCUAAGAAAGUACUGCUGUUGUGCGGCCAUUCUAUAGGUGGGAGUAUUGCACAGUUAGCCUUUUGCGAACUAGUUUACCUACACUUGCCCACGAAAACACGGUUGUUUCUGGAAAAACGCGACUAUGACCAGCAAAAACAAGAUAAGGAUACUUCCGAGGCAAGCGAGAUUUUGGACUUUCGGCUGGUCAUACAAGGUAUGACCGAGGAAGAGCGUGCUAAUAUUCGUCGUGGUAUGCCAGACAUGCUAGCGUUCGGCUUUGGCUCCCCGUAUGUUGGAUCUUUGAGCUUGAAUUUGUUCUUAGAGGUGCUGCAACUUGACGGACGUGUGGUUACGUUUGUCAACGAAUUUGAUUGUAUACCGAGUGUUCUCAAUGUUGCUCAAUCGGCCGCUCUGGUAGCGAAGACUACAGAGCGCUUCGUCACAAUCACGAAAGCGACAAAGACGCUGCUGAAUCUUUUGCCUGUUCAGAUGCAACCAAGUUUUGUCAGUUUAGCAGCCUCAUCAGGUACUGACGUGGCCCUUUCUCCAGCUUCAGCGUACCUAUCGAUGAGUCUAAGUAUUCUUCAAAACACAUUUCAGAAACUACGCGAUUUCCAUAUUGUGAAAAACAUCGACUAUCAGUAUUCGCCAUGCGGAACGUACAUAUUUCUUUCAAAAUUUGGAGCUGAUUACAGGAUCUGCUCAGAUUUGGGGGCUAUUAGUAAGGCGCUGCACGAAGGAAAUGAUGCAAACUCCACUUUGACAGGAAACGCCAUCUUACAGCAUUUGAUGAGUGCAUAUGUGGCCGCUAUCGGGCAUCGUUCGACUUCCAUACAAAUCAAUGCUUCAAUGGACUUUUACAAACGACUUGGUGUUCCUCGAAAUGCGACGGAGAAGCAAAUAAGAAGUGCUUACAAACGAUUAGCACUGAAGUGGCACCCAGAUCGGUGGGCGAACAACACAACUGAUUUGCAGGAGCAAGCGUCUGCAGAGGAAAUAUUCAAGCUAUUGGCGGAAUCGUAUGAGAUCCUUGCCGAUGCUGAUGCACGAAAGGCGUAUGAUGCGCAUUUGAAUGAUCCACCUGGUUUGAAGGAAGAGUUCGUGUGCAAUGGCACGAUUAACGGUAUGACUCUUGACGAGGCAAUUGCUACAUUUCGUGACGUUAUUGAUAACCUAUCAGGGGCAGUCGCUAAGGUGCAGUCGCGCUUUUCUUCUUCAAAUUCGAAUGUUUUAAAUUCUUUGCGUCCGUCGUCAUCCGUUCGAGGCGACUUCAUACGAAACAAUCAUGACAAUAUAUUUGUGCCAGAUCGCAUUCGUGUGUCACGUACUGUUGGUAUCGGUGCAAACCAACGAGAAACAGUAAUGUACUUGGAACCCGAAGAGGUUUUGGCGGAUGAUAUUGCAUCACCAACAAAAAUUGCUGGCAGAUCUGAUUCAACCUAUAGUCUACGAACAGUGUCUGUCGUGGGUGGUGCUGUCGCUAUUGGAGCAAGUGCUGCACUUAUUGUUAGUGCUUGGUCAAAUUACUCGGAAAAGUCGAAGAGAAAGCGUCAGGCUGCAGUUGUCAGAGAGAUGCCCAGUGACUGCUUAUUAUUAUUGCUCGAAGAGUAUCGCGAUUUACAGCACUUUGAUACGACACAACUGCUGGUUCAAGAAGUUGAUGGACGAAAGGAGAAAGAUGAUUUGGACUUGGUUAGUAAUGCUACUUCCAGCCUUACUACUACCGCUAAUGAGCUUAACGUGGAAAGAGCUCAGCAAGCGGUGAUUUCUAUGAAGCAAUGGGAUGAUGCCGCAGAAGACGAACUUAUUGAAGAGUUUUUUUAUUGUGCCGCUGAGUAUAAUAGUUCUGCUUUAGAGGCGAUAGCGGAGGAGGAGUAUUUCGACUGCAUCGAGCUCAUGGAUAUGGUUUCGAUGCAUUUUAGUGAUGACGCCCAAACAAAUCAAAAGCACAUUGAGGAGAAAGUGUUAGUCCAAAGCCCAGAUUUGUCGAUGGACAGACAUAUUGUUUUUCCUCCCGGAUCAACGGUCAGCACUCCUUUUGGACUGGCCACUGUUAAAGAUUGGAGGGAAAGUCAAUCAUCUGUCGUCGUGCAAUUUUUAUGCUGUAAGUUUACAAUUGGCUUUAUACAAAAAGCAGACAUUUUACGUGGGGCCUCACUGGCAAAAAUUACGAAAAAUGAGAUUAUGGAGUCCAAACGAGCUGAGCUGGCGGAACGCGUCAUAAUUCGCUACCAUUUAGAUGCUAGCAACUCUGCUACUACAAUAAGAAGUCUUAUUGCGGCAAGUAAAGAUGGUGCCUUGGACAGCGGAAUGCGUGCUGCUGGUGGUGUAGUUCUUGCGAACAGUAUGGCCCGAACAUCUUUAGCGCUUGGUGGGGCCGUUGCUGCUCCGCUGACUAUUGCGUCAAUUUUGGUGGACAUUGGCAAAGAGUACUACGAUUACCGCAAGCGUCACACAGAUCGAAAGUCUCGAGACAUGCUUUCGACGGCUACGGAACAGCUGAUGAUGCACGAUUUUAGACUAAAAAGCGGUGAAGUUGUCGCUAGUCGUAUCGCAGCAGCAGCGGGAGCAGGCGUCGGCAUUUAUAGUGUGGCAUCAGUGUUGGGAAUAUGGGGCACAGCUGGAGUUGCGGCCGGACCCGUGGGUAUUGUAGCCGCCACGAGUGCUGCCAUUGCUGGUAGCUUGUUUGGCUACUUUGCCGGGUCCAAGGCUUAUACUGCAUCAACCGCAGGUUAUUUCACAAGUCAACAGCAAGCGAAGGAGCACAUUGAUCGUCUUGAGCUUGGAGCACGUCUCCUUUUCGACGAAUUCGACCCGGAUGCUUCUGGUACAAUCUCAAAAGAAGACUGCGCUGCUCUGAUGAAAAAGCUUUAUGCUGCGAUAGGCUCAGUUUCGGAGGGUGAAAUUGAUAGAGCGAUGGCCGUUAUUCAAGACGAUCAAUUUGAAGGGCCAGUGACGUGGGGCAUGUUUUGGGAGUGGGUGAGCUCCGAAGCAGCUCGGGCACUUUAUGAGCUACAAGACAAAGAAUUGAAGAAACUUUCGGAUAAAGCUUGGUGGAAACACUACACAAAAUAUUUCUCAUACUUAAAUUUGAGAAAAGCAAAUGCAGAGCUUGCAGGACCUCAUGCUGCAAUGUAUCCGUCUGUUAAAACAGUGCUGGGAUUGGUUAAGACGGAAAGUACUGUGGCAUUAUCAAAAAGUUCGUUGACUAGAGAUGACGGUACUAGGGAAGAAAGCUUGGUACUGAAAGCACAAGUCGAAUUUCUAGUGAAUAAUGGUCAAUUGAAUAGCGAAGACGCCUUCCAUCUCCUAGAGCAGUUGGCAUCUGAUGAAAUCGUGCGAAAGGAGGCAGCACGCAAGACGAUUGUUGCCAUACACGAGGGUCUAUCGGAUGCUGAGCCCCAGCAGAACCUUGUGUGCGACGGUUUCGGCUCUUGUGGCAAAGACAUGAUGAAUUCAUCGACUCUUGCGUCAGACAAGAAUAUCGAUGCAAUGAGGUCAGAUUUUUCUGGUGUUAGUACAAACGAAGACGAUGGGAAAAAGCGCUUCAACGUUGAUGAGCGGCUUGAUGUCAUGUGUUCGUUAAUGUCUUCAAAAGGACUACAGCGGUAUUUGCUGCGACGAAAUAUCCUUCUACAAAACGAGGCAUCAGUACGACAAGAAGAUCUACACUGCUUAGCAUUGAUGACAACGCCAAUAUCUCAUACGGAAGCAUCGUCAAACUAG